UCAGCCCGUGCUCCCGCGGCUGCCUUCCGGGUCGGGGCGAACCGAGCCGAGCGGGACCGAGCCAUGGGGCAGAUCGAGUGGGCCAUGUGGGCCAACGAGCAGGCGCUGGCGGCCGGGCUCAUCAUGCUGACAGGUGGGAUCGUGGCCGUGGCAGGGCAGUUCAAGGGGUGGUACUUCGCAGCCUACGCCAUCGCGGCAGGCAUCUUGGUCUGCCUGCUUGAGUACCCCAGGAGCAAGCGGCAGAAGGGCUCCACCAUGGAGAGGUGUGGCCAGAAGUACUUGACAGCAGUGGUGAAGGUGUUUGGGCCCCUCACGAGGAAUUACUACAUCCGAGCUAUCCUGCAUGCUGCCCUGGCUGUCCCUGCUGGUUUCCUCCUCUCCACCAUCCUGGGCACCGUCUGCCUGGCCAUCGCAAGUGGCAUCUACCUGCUGGCGGCAGUGCGUGGGGAGGAGUGGAGACCCAUCGAGCAGAAGCCUCGGGAGCCACUGCACAAGGUGGAGACCAUCAAGCAGCCACCCAGCAACCCCCCGCCCCGGCCCCCCGCCGAUGCCCGCAAGAAGCAGCCGGCAGAGGUGGGGGGGCAGGUGAACCCCAUCCCUGUCGAGGCUGAGUAAUGGGGCUGGGGGCUCACACCUCUCUAUGCUGCUGCUGCUGUGCCGCUCGUGCUGCUGCUUCCCAGCUGCACCCUGGCCCCUCAGCAGGGGAAAAUUGGGGUGCCUGGCUCCUGGGGAUCCUCAAGUCCUUGGGGAUCAUCAGUUCCCCCUGGGCUCUCCUGCCCAAAUUCCCAGGGAUUCUCAGCUUGUCAGGGAGUUAUCCAGCUCCUGUGGGCUCCCAACCUCAUGGAGAUCCCCACACUUUCAGGGAUGCUCAGCUCCCUGGUGGAUCCUCACCUCUUGGGGAUCCCCCAAAUCCUGAGGGUGCUCAGCUCCAUGAGGGGCCUCAGUUCCUGAGGAUGCCCAGGUCAGCUCCCCAAAAUAUCUGCAGAUCCCCAGGGAUGCUCAGCAUUCUGGGGAGGUCCCCAGCUCCUAGAGAUCUCUAAAUCCCUGAGGAUGCUCAGCUACCCAAGUAAUUCUCAGCUCUCCAAGGUAUCCCCAAGAAUGUUUAGCUCCCUGUGGAAGCCCCCACUCUCCAGACAGCCUCCAUUUCCUCAGAGGACCCUCAAAUCCCUGUGGAACCUCAGCUCUGUGGGGGAUCUCCAGCUCCCUGAGAGGUCCCCAGGCCCUGCAGCCCCAGGGGUGAGGGAAUGAGGUUCCUCUGCUCCUCCUGCCAGCACUCGCUGGGUUUUUGUCACUUCUGCCAUUGCUGUUGCAAUAAAAGGUGGGCAAGGCUCCGGCUCCCCUGACUAAA